AUCAGUGGAGUUCGUUUGCCUUGCCAAAAGCCCACAAGUGAGUUUUGAGAAAUGAAAAGAUACAUCGCAAUAUCGCAAAAAGGAUCACAAAAGUAGUGAAUAGAAAUUUUAUAUAUAAAAAAGUCGAAUAAUUCUGAUAUUAUUGAAUACCUUUUUGAGUAAAGUUAUUAUAUUAUUAUCAAGGACAUAGAAGAAUACCUUACACAGUUAUUGAUGUGAUAUUAUUGAGAUGUCAUCGUAUAUGGCCGAUGUUUUUGAUUUAGAUUUAGACGUUGAUACUGUAACCGUGGGUGAUUCUGAUGAAGACGACAUAAUAGAAGUUGAUGAGGUUGAUUAUGAUCCUGAACUUCAUGUUCACAACAUUGUAGAUUCAGAAGAUUCAGAAACUAUACUGUUAUCAGAAGAUAAUGUAAAUCCUGGUUUAUGCAAACGUCUAGGACCACAAGACUUUGAAUUACGCAAAGUAUUGGGCAAGGGAGGAUAUGGCAAGGUGUUCCAAGUUAGAAAAAUUACUGGUCCAGAUGCUGGGGCCCACUUUGCUAUGAAAGUUUUGAAGAAAGCUUCCAUAGUUCGUAAUCAAAAAGAUACUGCCCAUACCAAGGCUGAAAGAAAUAUACUAGAAGCAGUAAAGCAUCCAUUUAUAGUUGAAUUAGUCUAUGCCUUUCAGACUGGAGGUAAAUUAUAUUUAAUUUUAGAAUAUUUAAGUGGAGGAGAAUUGUUUAUGCACCUUGAAAGAGAGGGUAUUUUCUUAGAAGAUACAGCUUGCUUUUAUUUAUCAGAAAUUAUACUAGCUCUGGAACACUUGCAUAGUUUAGGAAUAAUUUAUCGUGAUCUUAAACCAGAAAAUGUACUAUUGGAUGCACAAGGGCAUGUAAAACUAACAGAUUUUGGGCUAUGUAAGGAGCACAUUCAAGAAGGCAUUGUCACACAUACAUUUUGUGGAACCAUAGAAUAUAUGGCACCAGAAAUUUUAACUAGAAGUGGCCAUGGAAAAGCUGUAGAUUGGUGGAGUUUGGGUGCCCUAAUGUAUGACAUGCUCAUUGGUCAGCCCCCGUUUACAGGAGAUAAUCGUACAAAAACUAUAGAGAAAAUACUUAAAGGAAAAUUAAUGUUGCCCGCCUACCUCACACAAGAUGCCCGCGAUUUAAUUAGACGUCUUAUGAAGCGUUCAGAGACGCAACGUUUGGGUGCUGCCGGGGCUUCAGCAGUACGCGGACAUGCGUUCUUCAAACAUGUACAUUGGGAUGACGUGUUUGCCCGUAGAUUAGAACCACCUAUAAAACCAAAAUUGUCCAGUGAAGAUGAUGUAUCCCAGUUCGACACUAGAUUUACAUUACAAACUCCUAUAGAUUCACCUGAUGAGUCAACAUUAAGUGAAAGUGUGAAUCUGAUGUUCCAGGGCUUCACAUACGUGGCACCAUCAGUGAUGGACGAGAUCCACAAACCGCGAGUGAUCACCGCGAGGUCGCCUCGGCGCCCUCGGCCCCAACACCAUAUGUUCUCCGUGCAGCCCGCCACCACUGCGCACCAUCACGCGCACGCACAAGAGGACCUCAUGGAUGUACAAGGAAUGCCUAUAUAGCCUAGAAUAAAUGAUUUAGCCGACUACUAUAACAGAGAAUUAAUUCGAUUACAAAUACUGCCCAUAUAUUGUCCGUAACAAGUGGUACUGUUUUAUACUAUUAUAUAAAGUAAUAAUAAAUGUACAUUUUAUACCAAGUUACCGAUUAGUUUAAUGUUUGGUAGGAAUUAUUCAAGUAUAUUUAAAAAUGUUCUAACCUUAAUGUGACAGAGUAUAUUAUAAUGAUGAUUUAAACAAUAUACCUUGUUAACGAGCUGCAUGAAUUGAAUUAAAUGGUCAUUUUUAUUUUGUAA